AUGCCACGCACAAGAAUUUCUCUGGCAUUCCUAGGCGGCCGCUCAAAGCGCUGGCCGGGAUCCUCGCGCCAUAUUCGAUGGCUCGUUAUGUUCAUCGCCAUUCUCGGUGGUAUACAAACACUUACAUGUGUCUCGCUAGCCUCAUUAUGGGUUUACACCAGUGACAUUGCAGAGUGUCUUGCUACUCGCGAAGGCACAGAGAUCAUCGAAAAAUCGUACCCCGUGAUAUACGCAAAUAUCAAAAAGCCAGAAAUGGUGAUUCCAGUUCAAGCGUUCAUUAAUUUCGAUAUAUUCUACUAUAAAGUCAUUGCCAUUCCUAUUGUCCUGGGCACAUUAUUGAUGGGCCUUGUACAUUGUCACUAUUCAGUCGGAAUCAGAAACUCCCACGCCAUUCUCUUUGCAACCCUGAUUGUCGCAGGCUACGGGAUUCUCGCGUGGCAGCUGGCUAUGUUGCGCGACAGCAAUCACGCUACAACGGAGGCCUAUAAAUGGUGCUGGGCAACCGAACGAAAAAUGUGGUAUUUGGAGUGGAAGCCCGCUAGUUCAAAGCAACUUCGGACUUAUUGUACCUGGAUGUCUGGGGUAAUUGGGCUUCUAUUGAUCGCAUAUAUUGGCCUGGCUUUCAUAGCGGUGUCUCUCAAUCGCACAAACUCACGACUUGAGGCGCAAGACAUGCAUAUGGAGGAGCGGAGUCGCCAAAGCAAUAACGUUGAGAAUCAACACGAGUCAGAUGAAGCGCCACUCAUGGGAUCACAGGAAAUAGGUAUAUUGAGGUCUGCUUCAUCUGUGUCAACGGACACUCGAUCUGGGAUCACGUUUCCUGAAGCUGCAGUCCAGGCGAAUGAUUGA